ACACAUUUUUGUCGGCGUCAGCACCUGUCCAUUGUCAUUUAUCGCCACCCGUAAAAUCCUCCUCUUUUUAAAUUACAAAAAGCAGAGACCCAAAUUCCAAAAUCUCCUUCCUUUCCUUCAUAACCAUUUUUCACUCCCACUCACCCUCAGUCACUGUUAGUGUGAGAAUUCACAAAAUAUGGGAGCUUAUUGCAACGGAGACGUCUCUUUGCAUCCCGUCAAUGGACUUCCCCCUUCUCACAAUCUCCGAUUACUCAAGCAAGUUCACGACAAUGUCCACGGUUACAUCUACAUCGAUCCCCUUUGUUUGAAAUUUAUGGAUACUGAGCAGUUUCAGAGGCUUCGGGAGCUCAAGCAACUAGGUGCAACCCACAUGGUUUAUCCUGGGGCUGUGCAUUCCAGGUUUGAGCAUUCUCUUGGUGUAUAUUGGCUUGCUGGUGAGGCUGUGGAAAGGCUGAAAACUUACCAGGGAUUGGAGCUAGGUAUUGAUCAUUUUGAUGUUCAGACAGUGAGGCUUGCAGGGCUUCUGCAUGAUGUGGGCCAUGGUCCUUUCAGUCACUUGUUUGAACGCGAGUUUCUCCCCAGGGUUAUAAAUGGUGCAAAAUGGUCUCAUGAACAAAUGUCUGCAAAAAUGGUUGACCAUAUUGUUGACGAACACCAUAUUGAUGUAGACUCUGAAAUGAUGAGAAGAGUUAAGGAGAUGAUAUUAGCUGGCUCAGAAUUUACACAAAGAAAAGACUCAAAGGAGAAGCGCUUCCUGUAUGAUAUUGUUGCAAAUGGUCGAAAUGGAAUCGAUGUGGACAAGUUUGAUUACAUUGUCCGUGAUUGCCGAGCUUGUGGUCUAGGAUGCAGUUUUGAGUUUCCGAGGUUAAUGGAGACAAUGCAAGUUAUGGAUGAUGAGAUUUGCUAUCGCGCCAAGGAUUGUUGGUGUCUUCUGUCUUCUACACAAAAACAUUUAGUUUUGAUCUUGAUUAUCCUUUGCUUAAUACUGGUUAUUUUGCUAGAUCUUACCAUUCACAAGUUGUUUGCCACCCGUGCUGAUCUUUAUCGCACAGUUUAUACUCAUCCAAAAGUAAAGGCAAUAGAACUUAUGAUAGUUGAUGCCUUGUUGAAAGCAAAUGAUUAUCUGCAAUUUUCAUCUUACAUUCAAGAUCCUGCAGAAUAUUGGAAGCUAGAUGACACGAUAAUCAAAACUAUCGAGACGGCUCCUGAUGAACAACUGAGGGAAUCUAGGGAGUUGAUCCUGCGGAUACGCAGGAGAAAUUUGUACCAGUUCUGCAAUGAGUAUGCAGUUCCUAGGGACAAAGUAGAAAAUUUCAAAGAUGUCACUGCACAGGAUAUCGUUUGUUCUCAGAAAAAUGGUGGUGUACUUCUGAAGGAAGAUGAUAUUGCAGUAAGCAAUGUUAGGAUUGAUUUGACUCGUGGAAAGCAUAAUCCGCUUGAAAGCAUCAAUUUUUUCAAGGAUUAUGAAAGUGAGGAGAAAUUUUCCAUACCUGAUGAUCGUAUAAGUCACUUGUUACCUACAUGUUAUCAAGAUAUGAUAGUGAGGGUCUACUCAAAAAAGCCUGAACUGGUAGCAGCAGUCUCUGAGGCUUUUGAAAAUUUCCAGUUGAGGACAUAUGGGAUUAAGGCACAAGUGCAUGCAACUCCAGAGAAGAAGAAACGCCGAACAUGAGUUCUGACGCUCUAGAGCUGGUGCAUACCAUGUGGAUAUUUGUAGUUGCCGAUCUUGCCGUUGCCAUAUACGCUCAUUGCUAGUGGAGUUGCUUCUCAUCACACAACCUGAAUAGUUCUAUACGUUGUUUGAUUAUAUGAUACUUAGUGGCCUUGGAAAUUUUGGAUUUGUUUUCCACGCCGGGCUAGAUGUCAAUAUCCUAUAGUUCUUAUUUUCAGCUUUGUAUUUGUAUUUCUGUUUAGAUUUCAAGGCUUAUAUGAUAUUCGAUGACAUUGGUGAGACAUCAUCCAUUUCAACAGUAGAAUGGAUUGGUCCGUCUCUAUCAUUCAACACC